AUGUCGGCCGUUCCAAACGGUGCAGACACCUCCACUGGGACGCACCCGGAUCUGUCAUUAGGGUCGUUCGUAUCAGGGCCCAGUACACCUGGCCGACCACUCCGUCUCCCGUCGAUAUCCUCCCCAGCUCCUAGCACUGGUGAUGUCCCAGACACACCCAUUCAACGCGCACGACGUCCAAGACAAAGCGCACCAGGAGGAAAAGGCGCUGCUUUGUCUUUAAGAGAUCAAGAAAAGCACAUCGACUCUCUCAAAAAAGAAAACUUUAACAUAAAGCUCCGCGUUCAUUUCCUCGAGGAGCGUCUUGCACAGCUCGCGCCAGACCAGAUCGAUGCAGCUCUCAAACAGAACAUCAAUCUCAAGAUUGAGGUCCAGCAACGUGGUCUCGAGAUCAAGAAACUCAAGAAACUUGUUCUGGAGCUCGAGCGCGAAUUGGAGCGUCUCCAGCGUGGCUCAACUCGUGACCAUGAUCUAGAGUCGCGGUUGCACGAACGUGAACGUGAUUUAGAAACUCAGCUGCAUGAACGAGAACGCGAUCUCGAGAUGCAGCUCCAGGAACGCGAGCACGAGAUCAGGGAGCUGAGGAAGGCCCAGGUUAUCGUCGAGCGCAGUGGAGACGACACCGUGGAUCACAGAUACGCACGCAAACUUGAAGAUCUACGUGCGGAGAAUGAAGAACUUCGCCAUGAACUCGAGCAGCGCGAUCAACUUCUCAUACAACGUGAGGACGAGACUGAGGCUCUUGCUGAUCAUGCAGAGCGCCUGCAACUGGAGCUCGAGGAUUUGCAGCGACGGAGAGAAGCGGAGAGUAUUGAGCGCAGUGAGAGUAGGGCUCAGGUACUCGAAGAGAGAGAGGAACGUGAGGCUGUGGAGGACGAUCUCAACGCAAUCCGGGAUAAGCUUGCUGCCGCCACUAUCGAGCUACAGCAGAAGGAGGACGAGCUGGAACUCAAGAAUAAGGAGAUCGACGAUUUAAUUCAAGAGCACGAUCGUGUUGUCGACGUAGUUGAGCAGGAGUGGAGGGGCGAAGUUGAAGAGGCCAGGAGUCAGGUCGAAGAGCUCAGAGACGUCCUUGCAGAACGCGAAAACGAAGCAAGAGAACUCCGCCUCAACAUCACAGAACUCGAAGCUAACACUAACGACCUCCAUUCCAAGUUCGAAGCCACCCUCACACACCUCGAGCAAGAAGCUGAGGAAAAAGAUGCUGAGCUUCGUGCUGCGAACGAGGAGAUCGAGCACCUUGGAAAGCAGGUAUAUGCACUUGAGGAAGACGCAGAUCGCAUGGUUGAAGACCACGAACGUGUCAGAGAGGAAGACGCGGUCGAGCGCGAAACAUUCAGAAGCACUCGCAUCUGCACUCAAAGAUUCUCCGGUCUAAAAUCCCAACUCCAAGACCUUCAAGAAAACUACGACCAAUCUCUCCAAGACAUCCAUGCGCAUCGAGCACGACAGGAAGAACUAGCGCGGCACAUCGAAGACCUCGUUGUCGAAGUGAAACGCGAGCAAGAAGCUCGGGAGAGCCUCGAGCGCGAGUUCGAUGAGGUAGAGAAGACACACGAGUCAGAGCUUCGACACGAACGCCGUGCGCUCGAAGAUAAAGACUCUGCGCUUCACAGCGCCCUUGAUGACCUCUCCCGUACACAAUUCCUCCUCUCUCAACGUCAAAGCGACCUUGAAGCUGUCCAAAACGCGCUCCGGGAUAUGGAGCAGCGGUCCAAAGAGCUUGGGGAGACGCAUACAACCGCCCGUUUCUCGUUGCAACUCGAGGUUGACCGACUGAAACGUGAUGUCGACCGCCUAGAGGACGAACUUACGCGUGCGCGGAAGGAUGUUGGGGACCGAGAAGGCACGACUCGCGAUCGUGAAGAUCUGAUUCACAAACUGCAGCUUGAAGUACAACAGCUCACUGCGCAGGUCAACGCACAAACCCAAGCGCGUCUCAGUCUCUCAGAUAAGCUUGACAGCACGCAAAGCAGCCUCAAGACCGCCGAGGCAGAGUUGUUUGGGUAUAGGACGAAAGUGAACGAGCUGGAGACGCGGUUGUCUAAGGACCAGCGGACGUUGUUGAGUGCUGAGAACCAGUACCGUGAUCAGCUUACGGAGCGGAAUACGCUGCUGCUUACGAUCUAUCAGUACAUGGAUAAGAUCCUCGGCGUGGACAAGACUCCCAAGAAAGGCAAUCAAGCAGAGACAAAACCCUUCACCAACUUCAGCGUCUUCCACGACAACCUAAUCACGCGACUCAAAGCUCUCUCUCAAAUCCAACUCGACUUUGACAAACGCGUUAAAGAAGUAGAAACAAAAUUCACUGAAAAGCUUGCUGAGAUGCGGAGACAGCUUGAUACACGGUGGAAACAGAUUGAUAAGUUUGAGUCGAGCGUGAAAGCGUAUGGGGAGGCGAAGGCUACGUGGAGACGGAAGUUUACUGCGAAAGAGGGAGAGAUUGAGGGGUUGAAGGCCACCAACGCAGAAUUAACCUCUCAAGUAGUAACAUCCCGUCGACCAACCCAAGGCGACUCCCAAGAAACCAAAACCCUCCUCUCACGUGCAGUGAACGCCGAGAAACGCCUCGUGGUGGUUCAAAACCAGCUCCUCCUAAGCGAAGAGAAGAUUUCGAAUAUAAACCAGAAGACGACUACGGCUGAUCAGAAAUGGGAGGCGAGGGUGAAGGAGUAUGAGGCGAGGUUAAAGGCAGGGGAGGAGAAGUAUAAGAGGGAGCGACAGGGUGCGAAGGAGAGGGUUUUAGAGUUGGAGAAUCAGAUGAGGAGCCUAGAACGACAGAACGAACUCGCUCAGAAACGGAGUGCGCAGCUGGAUAGUGUGGCAGACGCCCAUAAAGUGGCUCCUUCUCGGUCGCGGUCAUGA